AUGGGCGGCAACACGGUGCUGGAGUUGAAGUACCACGUGCUGCAUGGCAGACUUACCCAGGCGAAGAAGCUGCUGGCAGCCUCGCAGGUCUCCCUAGAGGAAGCGGCAGACGAGGAUGGCAACACGGCGCUGCAUUGGCUGGCGCAAGCCCUCACGGAGCCGGAGAAAGAGGCAUCGGAGCAGGAGAUGCUGGCCUUUCUCUUGCAGAACGGCGCCCCAAAGAACCGCCAGAACUGCUUAGGUGAGACGCCGCUGAUGUCAGCUGUGCGCUUGGCGAUCCUGGAGCCGGCCCAGGCGGCCGCCUUUAUUGAGGACCUGUUGGUCAAGGCCCGGGUGGACCCGAGCCGCGGCGACCUGGUGGGCGAGACGCCACUUAUGGAGGCCGCCGCCUCUGGCUUGGAAGGCAUUGGGCGAUUGCUCCUGGAGCACCGUGCGAACCCGCUGGCCGAGAGCGAUAGCGGUCUAACUGCAGCGAAGCUGGCAGAACAGCACCAAGCCCCGGAGUUUCUGCAGUUGCUCAAGUCUCCACUCGCCGAGCGGGCUUCCCAAGAGGCCAAGAAGGAAGACUCUCAGGGCAGGACCAUGGAAGACCGGCGAAAGUUUGCGGAUUUGCUGAGGGAGAAGCAGGCGAAGAAGUUCGAUCAGACGCUCUUCGGACAGAAGCUGCGGCCGGGCUUGGCGCAUGACAAGGAUGGGCCCGGCAAGCCCUACGCGGAGCCAGCCUGGCAGAGUUACAGUGGUACGGCACUCUGCACGACAUCGACUGAGGGCAGUUUUGGACCGAAGGAUUUCGCGCGGGAGGAGUUCGAGCUUCGGAAAAGGCCCCCGAUCCCCACCGAAAUGGCGUCAACGGGCCUGCUGUUCUCCGUGGGAUGUCUCGCCAUUGGCAUUCUGGGGUUCAAAAGGACCGUCCUAAGAGGUGCGGAGAUCAUUCAAGAUGCGGCGGAGGACUGGGAAGCCCGCAGGCGGCGAGUGCAAGCGCUGGCGAAGAGCGGCAUCCCAGCGGAGAAAGCGCUGAGGCAGAUCAUCGCACACUUGGAGGACGCGGACGAGCAGGUCCGCCGCUGCGCGCUGGACGCCGGGGUGCGGCUCCUGAUCCCCCCGCCGCCCACGGAGGACAUGGAGCCCGAGGAGGCCGCUGCAGCGUGUGCCGCACGCUUGGCAGCGCAGCAGAGCGCUCUGGGGCGAGAACUGCGGGGGAGUGUGCUCAAGCAGCUGAAGAGCGACAAGGACUGCGGGGUACGCCAAGUGGCGCUCACCGCGCUCGGCCAACUGGUGCCACGGGAGGAUGAGGAGGUGCUGGCGGCACUGCAGCCCUGCCUGGCGGACGUGGACGACGACGUGCGCUCCGCCGCGGCGGCGGCACUGGGGCGUCUGGCGCCGCGGGAGGAGGAGGAGUGGCUUGAAAAGCUUUAUGAGCUGCUGGAAGACGAUGAUGAGGGCGUGCGGCUCAGCUCGGUGGUGGCGCUGGGACGCUUGGCGCCCAGGGGCCACCGGGCCACCUGCGCGCGCCUGGCGCAGCUCGCGCGGGAGGAGGAGGAGGACAAAGUCCGGCGAGCCGUUGCGUCUACGCUGCACACGCUGCGCUCUUGA